AUGCUUCCUUAUACUUUUAUUACAAAUUCUCAAACACCAAAACGUUAUUGUCGUCGUUCUAAAACAACAACGACAAUUGAUACUAAUCAAAAACAUCAUUCUUCAUAUUUUGUACAUAAUUCAACAUCUAAUUUACCAGAUAUUGUUAAUGAUUGUUAUAAUCGACAAGAGAAUUUAACAAAUUCUAAUCAUGAAUUAACAUUAACAUGUAAAGAAAUUGCACAUUCUCUUCGACUCGUUGCCGAUCAAGUUGAUAAAAAAUAUUGUCAAGAUACCGAUUUUAAUCGAAAUCUUCACUGUCUAUCAAUCCGUCUUGUAUUUCAUACAACACAUAUUCGUACAAUACUCUAUACAUUAUGGACACGAUCAUUUCUACCAUUUAUUUUACUAAUGUGUAAAACCAAAACAUUCUUUUAA